AUGGAGAAAAUUACGAAGAAAUACCCUUAUCUACGCGGGCUUCCGAUCGAGUCAUAUGAAAAUGCCGAGCCGGGUAUUCUAAUAGGAGCCAAUUGUUGGAAACUUGCGGUGCCUAUCAAAACUCGUGAGGGACACUGGCUUGAGCCGAUCGCCACUAAGUGUCGCUUAGGUUGGACUUUGCAGGGAGAAAUACGAAAUCCUACAGAAGAGAUCAAGGAGUACUUCAGCCUAGAGAUGCCGCAAAAAAGAGAGCUCAUGUCCCCACAAGACUGUAGAUCGCUGCAAAUUCUAAAUUCAACAUGUAUGCAGAAAAAGUUAGCUAAGGACUCCAAUUUGCAACGUGACAUGCAGAAGCAAAUAGACAACUUAAUUAGCAAAGGUUACGCAAGAAGGUUAACUGCAGACGAAGUAAAUAGAUCAUACGACCACGAGUGGUACCUGCCGAUAUUUAUCACACUAAACCCCAACAAACCCGGCAAGUUGCGCCUUGUGUGGGACGCUGCGGCCAAAUCUGAUGGAGCCGCUCUUAACGAUUUCCUUCUGUGCGGGCCAGAUCUACUCAAUUCGCUAGUCUUCGUAUUACUGGCCUUUAGAACUGGGCAGUUUGCUAUUUGUGGAGACAUUGCCGAAAUGUUCCACCAGAUUCGCGUAAGAGAAAUGGACAUGCACGCUCAGAGGUUCUUGUGGCACGAGAACUGUGAGGAGUUACAUAACCCUCACAUCUACGUUAUGCAAGCGCUUACCUUCGGCAUCAGCUGCGCACCUUGCAUUGCUCACUUUGUUCGAGAUGUAAAUGCAGAGCAAUACAAGCAAACAUCACCGCGAGCGGUAGAAGCAAUACAAAAGCAUCAUUACGUCGAUGACUUCAUCGACAGCGUCGAUACCGAAGAAGAAGCACUGGAACUGGCUCUGCAAGUGAAAGCAAUUCACGCUCAAGCUGGAUUCAACAUUCGUAACUGGGCAUCUAACUCAUCAGCUGUUCUGAGGCAACAUCCAGGGGAGUCCGUCGAAGAUCAAACUCCUAAGGACUUAAGCAAUGCAGAAAAAAUAUUAGAUGCCGGCGAGUAUGCUUACGCGGCAAUUUGCUAUUUGCGAGUGAAAAACAAAAACGAAGUCAACACUAUCAUCGUGGCCGCUAAGUCAAAAGUAGCACCGCUAAAGCCCGUAUCUAUCCCGAGGCUCGAACUACAAGCUGCAGUGACUGGCGUAAGAUUGGCGAACAAUGUGAUGAAGGCACUACAAGUUCCGAUUCAUGCUCGAUUCUGGUGGUCAGACUCAAAGACCGUGCUCAAAUGGCUCCGCAUGGAUCCGAGAAAUUUCAAACAGUAUGUAAUGCAUCGCGUGGGCGAGGUAUUGGAGGCGACCAACGCCACUGACUGGAAUUGGGUUCCCUCAAAACUUAAACCUGCUGACUUGGCAACGAAAUUCAGCCGGCAACAAAGUUCCGAUAUCUGGCUGCACGGGCCGAAAUUCUUAUCUUUCAAUCAAACCGAUUGGCCGAAAUGCGACGACCUCGGACCAGUGGAGCAUACUGAACUCCGACAUUUUACCUUUCAUAUAACCAAAGGCGAAACCACACAACCUUUAAACGAUGCUGAUAGGUUCUCAAGCUGGCGUCGAUUAUACUUGACGAUGGCGAUGGUAAUAUUGUUCGUAGAAAAACUAAAAUCCAAGAUAAAGAAGGAGCAAAUACCUACCGGCGUAUGUGACAAGAUUAUCCACAGAGCUAAGAGCGCGCUCAUAAAAGAGGCACAGCAGAGUGAAUAUCGGCAAGAAGUUAUCAACCUCAAAUGCGGUAAGAGUGUUGAAAGCGAUAGCAAACUAAUCUCUUUAAAUGUCUAUUUAAGCGACGAAGGUAUACUCAGAUCACGGGGAAGAGCCGAAAGCUUAAGAACUGGCGACUCUAUAAUCUUACCGACAAACAACUCAAUCACAGCUUUAAUAGUUCGACAUUACCACGAACGAAAUCAUCAUCAAUUUCAUGAAGCAGCCUUGAACUCGAUUCGCGAACAAUAUUAUAUUCCACGCCUACGAGUACUUUACCGCAAAAUACGAAGGUCAUGUCAACGCUGCAAGAACGAUGGCGCUAAGCCAAAUACUCAGCAAAUGGCUCCGCUACCAGCUGCACGUUUGGCAAGCUUUGAGCGUCCCUUCACCUAUGUCUGA